ACUACGGGCCCACAGCACAACCCUUCAGGGGCUGAGGCGGGGAGCAGCACUGGAGGCGGAAGGAAGCAGAGAUGAAUGGUGACAAGGCCCUCUUCUGCAGAGACAACCAGUCUGUCUCCCUGCACCCCCACGGCCUGAACUCCUCAGCAGUGGCUCCAGCAGCCCCCAAGAUGUCAAGGCUUGUUCUGGCCAGCCUGGUGCUUAUGGUCAUGAUCAUUGCCACCUCUCUGAUGGCUCUCUUUGUUGUGGUUCUACAGAAACCAAGACCUGCACCGGAGGCCUAUGCCUACUCCCAAGGGUUUCUGGGAGACAACAGCACCUGGCAGUUACCUGUGGAAUCCAACAAUCCCUACCGCUUUGGGGUGGCAGAGUUACAAGAGACCCUCCAGAGGUUUAAAGACCACGUGGAGAACUCCAGCACCUGGACCAUGGAGAUCCAGAUGUUGAUGUGCAGAGUGGACAAUGUCAGUUCUCAGAUCCAGAUGCUCGGCGGUCAUCUGAAAAAUGCCAGUGCUGACAUCCAGAUGGUAAAGGGCGUUCAAAAAGAUGCCAGUGCCUUGAGUUUCCAGGCCCAGAUGUUAAAAAGCUCCUUGGACAGGGCCAGUGCUGAGAUCCAGAGACAAAAGGGAGAUCUGGAAAAGGCAAAUGCUUUAAAUUCCCAGGCCCAGAGUUUCUUAAAAACCAGUUUAGAAAACACCAGCUUUGAGCUCAACAUGUUAAGCAGAGGCUUAGAAAAUACCAACUCUGAAAUUCAGGCGUUGAAGGCAGGGUUGGAAAUGGCAAAUGCCCAGGCCCAAUUGGCAAACAAUAGUUUAAAGAAUGCUAAUGCUCAGAUCCUUGUUUUAAGAGGCAAUCUGGAGAGUGUCAAUCAUUUAAGGGACCAGAAUCAGGUUUUAAGUGAUAGUUUGAAAAGAACCAGUGCUGAGAUUCAGAAGCUAAAGGGAAGCCUGCAAAAUGCAAGAGAUUUAAACUCCCAGACCCAGACCCUUAUAAAAAGCAGUUUAGACAACACCACUGCCGAGAUCCAGUCAUUUAGAGGUCGUUUGGAAAGGGCUGGCAAUGAGAUUCACUUGUUAAAAAGAGAUUUGGGAACCGCCACUACCCAGACCCAAAUAGCAAACAGUCGCCUAGAGCAGACCAAUGCUCAGAUCCAAGGAUUGAAAACAGAACUGGAAAACACCAAUGCCUUACAUUCCAAUAUUCAGGUGUUAAACGAUCAGUUGGAAAGUGCCAGCAGGGAGAUACAGAUCCUAAAACAAGGAAUGAAGGAUGCUGAGGCCCUGAACUCCAAGACCCGGAUGCUAGAGAGCAAGCUGCAGGAGGCCAAUGUCGAGGUUCAGAGGUUAAAAGGGGAGGUAGCGAGCACUAACGCACUAACCGCGAAAGUCCAGGAGCAGCAGCGUAGCCUGGAGACCCUCCGUGCAGCCUUUGCUUCGCAGGAGCAGCUACAGAAAUCCCAAAAUGAACUUCUCCAGUUGAUCCUGCAAGGCUGGAAGGUUUACAACAGGAACAUGUAUUACUUUUCUCAUGUCAAGAAGUCUUGGCAGGAGGCUGAGAAAUCCUGUGUGUCCGAGGGAGCCCACUUGGCCUCGGUGACCUCUGCAGAGGAGCAGGCAUAUCUGACGGAGUUCACACGGUCCUCCGACUACUGGAUUGGCCUCAACGACAGGGGCACGGAGGGCUCUUGGCGCUGGAUUGAUGGGACACCAUUCAAUUAUGAUAGGAGCAGAGUGUUUUGGAACAAUAAUCAGCCAGACAACUGGCAGCACGGGAAUGGGCAGGAUGAAGACUGUGUACAUGUUCAGCAGAAGUGGAAUGACAACAACUGUAAUGCCCUCUAUCAGUGGAUCUGCAAGAAGCCCCUCAGCCAGGGUGUGGCCUGAAGUAAGCCAGAGCUGAGGGCUCACUGCCCCUGCCAGCUCUGGACCCUUCCCACCAUGAUGUCCUGUUGAGCCUCUGAAUCCAACUUGUUCUCUGGGACCUUCCAUUUGGCCUUUUGUGUUUCCUGCCCUGUCCUUUUAUUUAACCCUUCAAACAUGCUUACCUUUUAGGACCCUAUGGGGUGAACAGCUUCUCAAGGCAAGAGCCUUGCUGUGCAUCUGUAUCCGCCUCAGCAACCAGCGCAGGCCUGUCAGACGGCAGGUCUUCAAUAAACACUUGUGGAUGAGCAGAA